CACUCUAGUGAAGGCUGAAUUCAUCCUCGAGCUUGAACAUUCCAAAUCAUCUGUUUGCUGGCGAUGUAAACUGAUUUGGCAGUGUAAUCGCUGCUCCCAUUGAUGAUUGUCGACCAAAGGAUUCAAUGAAAAAAUGGUGAUCUAUGGAGUUUACAUAGUGAGUAAAUCCGGAGGGUUGAUUUUCAAUUUGGACCACAAUGUACCGAAGAUAGAAACAGAAAGGACAUUCAGUUAUCCCCUAGAAAUCAGCUUGGAUUAUGAACCUAAAAAAGUAACCGUGUCUUUUGGACAAAAGGAUGGAAUCAACGUUGGUCAUGUUCUCAUUAGCGUCAAUGGUAUCCUGGCGAACGGAUCGAUACUGGAAGACGGACGUGACAUCAAGGAGCUAAUCGAAAACAAGGACAACUAUCCGCUGACUUUGAAGUUCAGCCGGCCGAAGAUGACAACCAACGAGAAGAUAUUUCUGGCCAGUAUGUUCUAUCCUCUGUUUGCCAUUGCCAGUCAGUUGAGUCCAGAGCCGAAAAGCAGCGGCAUUGAAGUGCUGGAGGCCGACACUUUUCGGCUGCAUUGCUUUCAGACGCUUACUGGGGUGAAGUUUAUGGUGGUUGCAGAAAAUAUCCAAUCCGGCAUGGACAUUCUGUUGAGGAGAAUUUACGAGCUAUAUGCUGAUUAUGUGUUGAAAAAUCCUUUUUACUCAUUAGAGAUGCCUAUUCGAUGUGAGCUGUUUGAUGUUAAUUUACAGGCGUUGCUGGAACAGGUAGAGAAAAGUGGUGUUGCUAGCAUUUAGGAUAUAACGAAAUAAAAAUCGAUUUAAGGAAUUAAUUCAAACACUAU